UUGCAGAAAACACUCUGAGAGAGGAUCAUGGAGAAGAACAGCACCCUGCUGACAGAAUUUGUUCUCAGAGGAAUAACAGAUCGUUCAGAGCUUCAAGUUCCCCUCCUCCUGGUGUUCUUUCUCAUCUAUGUCACCACUAUGGUGGGCAACCUUGGCUUAAUCUUUCUCAUCUGGAAGGACCCUCAUCUUCACACACCCAUGUACCUUUUCCUUGGAAAUUUAGCCUUUGCUGAUGCUUGUAUUUCAACCACAGUGACCCCAAAAAUGCUUAUGAAAUUUUUAAAUAAGAAUGACAUGAUAUCUGUGGGUGAGUGUUUUGCCCAAUAUUAUUUUUUUUGUAUCAGUGCAACUACUGAAAUUUUCCUUCUGGUAGCGAUGGCCUAUGACCGCUAUGUAGCCAUAUGCAACCCUCUGCUCUAUCUAGUGGUGAUGUCCAAAAGACUCUGCACUGUGUUAAUCAGUAUAUCCUAUAUAAUUGGUUUUGUAAACUGUGGACUUAAUAUAGGAUUAUUAUUUAGAUUAACUUUCUGUAAAUCCAAUAUAAUUGACCAUUUCUACUGUGAAAUCUUGCAACUGUAUACAAUUUCUUGCACAGAUCCAUCUCUUAACACAUUGGUCGUUUUUAUUUGUGCUUCUUCCAUACAAAUCAGUACCUCUGUGACUAUCAUAGUCUCUUAUGCCCGUGUCCUAUUUGCUGUCCUGAACAUGAAGUCUGAGAGGGGCAGAAGGAAAGCUUUCUUCACCUGCAGUGCCCACCUGCUCUCCGUUUCUUUGUUCUAUGGUACCCUCCUCUUCAUGUACGUGAGCCCUGGGUCUGGAUCAGGUAAACAAAAGGAUAAAAUAUAUUCUCUGUUCUACACAGUUGUGAUUCCUCUGCUAAACCCAUUUAUUUACAGCUUAAGAAACAAGGAAGUUUUGGGUGCUCUGAAAAAAUUUAUAAAAUGUUAACCAUUUUCAGAGUAUUUUGAAGUCCAUUCUACAACCUUUGCUCUUACUUGAAGUGCA